AUGGAAGUACCCAUCCAACUCCUGGUCUGCGUGGCCUGCAUCGUCCCAGCGGUUUACUACCGUGUAAUCCAGGGAUAACUAUGCUUACCUCUAGAAUCAUUUGUGAGGACUAAAAGAGAUACUACCAGGAACUCGCUCAACACAGAGGCGUACAGCGCGCCUUCGCAGCGCUGGUCCAUGCAGGUGCCUGCGGAGGUGAGCGCGGUGGCGGGCGACGCGGCCGUGCUGCCCUGCACCUUCACACACCCGCACUCGCAUUACGCCGGGCCGCUGACGGUCAUCUGGCGCGCAGACGAGCCCUACGCCGGGCCACAGGUGUUCCGCUGCGCGGCCGCGCGGGGCAGCGAGCUCUGCCAGACGGCGCUAAGCCGCGACGGCCGCUUCCGUCUGCUGGGCAACCCGCGCCGCAACGACCUGUCGCUGCGCGUCGAGCGCCUCGUCCCCGCCGACGCCGGCCGCUACUUCUGCCGCGUGGAAUUCGCUGGCGACGUCCACGACCGCUACGAGAGCCGCCACGGCGUCCGGCUCCGCGUGACCGCCGCGCCGCGGAUCGUCAACAUCUCGGUGCUGCCAGGCCCCGCGCACGCCUUCCACGCGCUCUGCACGGCCGAGGGGGAGCCACCGCCCACCGUCGUCUGGUCCGGCCCUGCCCUGGGCAACAGCUCUGCCGCCGUGCCGGUCCCGGUUCACGGCCACCAGGUGACAGCCGAGCUGCCGGAGCUGGUCCACGACGGCCGCUACACGUGCACGGCCGCCAACAGCCUGGGCCGCGCGGAGGCCAGCGUCUACUUGUUCCGUUUCCGUGGCGCCAGCGGGGCCUCUGCGCUCGCCCUCCCGCUCGGCGCGCUCGGCCUUAAGGUGCUGUUGUUGUUCGGUGUCCUGGCCGCCCGCGCCGCCCGCCACCGCUCAGAGCAUGCAGUCACCCAGGACACCCCACCACGGCCCCAGGCUCAGGAGUCCAACUAUGAAAAUUUGAGCCAGAUGAGUCCCCGGAGCCCACCAGCAGCCGUGUGUUCCCCAUGAUGAGCCCCUCGGCCCACCGGCAGCUACAUGUGCACCAUAAGGAGGGAAGGCUGAGGGAGGUGUGACUGGUACAGCC